AUGACGGCUCGUUGUUUCGACCACCGCGCCAUCAAUUUCGUGGCGACGCGGUGGAUUCUUGCUGACCCCACCUUCUCCCUCCAUCUCUUGCUUCCCCCCUCCCACAGCCAGGGUCUUGUUGGUGCUGCUGUUAUGUCUACCGUAGAUGAUUCUGCAGUUAAAGACACGCCCACGGCCACACCUGAAGAGUCUCCCCGGGAGGCCGCCUUCACUAUACCCCCGGCUGUUGCUUCUUGCAGCAAAGAUCCCCAACCGACCGCGCCAAGUCCCACACCAAGCACUGUGCGGGUGUCCGUUGGUCCUCCGUCGGCUACCUCCACACCGAAGAGAGCGCGUUCAGGGAAGUGGGCGCAGCAUACCCUGCUCGUCGGAGGCCGCCGACUUUCUGAUUCGAACACUCCGGCUGAUCCACCACCUGCUGCAUCUGCACCGCCAGAGGAAGAUGUGUUCCCGAUCCGCGCGGACACCGGCUCGCCCGCCCUCACCAAGGCGCAGCUGCAAGAGCAGAUGUUCGUGGAGGCCAGCAUCAUGUACGAUACGAGGUGGUCGGGACAGUUCUCCUGGCUUGUGUUCGGAAAAACCAAGAAUGGGUUUCCCUAUGUGAAGUGCAGUGUCUGCAUGGCCUACGGGAAGGAGAACACGAGGUACGCGAGGCAGGGUGAUGACGGAGGCCGUGACAUGCAGACGCAGGCGUUUCGCGCACACGAGCACACGGACGCGCACAAAGCGGCUGUUGACCGGCAGCUGAAGAUUGCGAGAGGCAUCCGCGAGGGGCAGCAAGUGAUUUCGAACUUCAUCAACUCGGACGUCGAGGGCAAGCGCGCCGUCCGACUGUUGCGGGAGGCGCUGGCUGUUAAGGACGCGGCGACGUCCAACCCCGACCUCGGCAUGGUGGACAAGGUGGUGUACGAGAUCGUCACGUGCUACAAGUUCCAGUUUUGCCUGUUCUUCCUCGCCGACAUCCUCGCCGACAUGAACGACCUCAACCGCUGUUUCCAGAAGCGAGAUAUUGAUGUGACGGAGAUUGCGAAGACCAUCGAGGCCACCACGGCGGAUCUGACUGAGCGGUAUUUGGAUACCGACAAGCAGUUCGGUGGCGAGGGCAAGUGCUGGCUGGUCGGCUUUCUGAAGCUGCACGGGCAUGGUGGAGGCAAGAAGGUCCGUGUGAGAGGCGUGGACGGGGAGGGACGCCCAGUGAACCAUCUGUACACCAUGCACGAGCGGAAGCUCCCGGGGCACAAGGUGGGGAGCGGAUACGAGGAGUGCGUGAAGCUGUGCCGCAGUUUCGCCCGCGAUUGCGUGGACAAUCUCAACGAGCGGCUUGAUGACCUGGGGAAGCUGGGGCCGACGAAGCUGUUUCGGGCCGGAAAGUGGCCGAAGAUCAAGGCACAACGGGAGAAGAAGUGCCGUGAGUGGCUUCUGGGAUGCAGCAAACUCUUCCGCCACCAGCUGCCGGGAUUCGACCUGAAGGCCGCAGAGAGGGAGCUUCCCACAUUCUGUGCGAUCAUGGAGGCGCACCACGAGCUGGAAAGCUUCACGCAGGGACUGACCAACAUUCUCGGGAGCGCGGACUCGAAGAGGUAUGUCCCCGUAGUGUGA